AUGUCCUACAAUAAGCCGGACGGUCCGCCUCCUUCCUACCCUGCCCCGGUCCACGAUCCCUACGGCCAACCCACUCCUCCGCCCGGCGCUUCGCAAGACUACUACGGUGGCUCUCCUCCCCCGCAAGGCUAUGGCUCUCCUCCCCCACAAGGAUACGGAUACCCUCAGCAGGGCGGAUACCCGCCGCAGCAACAACCUAUGUACUAUCCCCCUCAGCAGGGCUACCCGCAACAGCAGGGUUACUAUGCUGACGACCGCGGCGGCCGUGGCGGCGGAUCCGGCGGGGGUAUCUGCGCUGGUAUUCUAGCGGCUAUGGCUUGCUGCUGCUGUUUGGAUAUUCUGUUCUAG